AUGGCCAAUUUCCCCCCUAAAACUCCUGCUGAAACCCCUACCAAGGAGCAGCAGGGUCUUCGCCGCUCGAGCCGCUCAACCCGUGGCCAGCUCAGCCAGAACACUUUUCUCCUCCAGCACUUUGUCGUAGGAGAAGAGGCAGCUCGCCCGAUCCCUGGGCCUGGACGUCGCCAUGCUAUCGCAAAGCCCAAGGCUUAUCAUGCCGAUGAGUCGGGUCCGCUGGCACAAUCGGCGCCCACAGCUUCCAACAGUUCAUGUCAACCUAGAAGACGAAGCCUGAGCAACAAUCUUUCCAAUUUCGGGAGUCAUGAGGAGGCACUUGCCGGCUCUGCUGAGGCGGGAGCCUGGGUAAGCGGUCGGCGAAGCAAUGCUACAGCUGCUUGUCCUCUUCCCUCUAUUCGACAUAUUGGUGAUCGUCGCCGAAGUGCCUCUCCGCCCCAGUUGGCUUCUUCAAACAUGAGAGAUCGUCGAGUUCCGGCCCCUCAGCAGCAGGCAAUGCCCGCCUUCCCUUGGGAGCCAGCCUUUCAGUAUGGAUUCCAAAUGUCUCCUCAGUAUCAGCCCCUGAGGCAGCAGCAACCCCACCCUUUUACAAUGCCUGCGCAGCUCGAUCAGAUGCUCCCGCCUGAACACUCUGAGCAGCAACCUCAAGUAUUUGCCUCCGAUGCCCCCGGAAUCUUUGUGGAUCUAGCGGAUUUGAUGCUCGACACACAGGCUCCAGUGAAUCCACAGACGAACAGCAUCCCGAAAACUGAUGUUCCCCAGUUUGCAGAACUAGUUGACUCGUAUAACAAGAUUCACGAGGAACGUCAAGUACAGGAAGAGCGAGACCGUCCGGCUGCGCAAGAUGAAAAAGACAAAGCGAAGGUGACAGAGGCGGAAGAGCUAAGCCAGGAGGAGAUGGACGCAUUGUGGGAUCAGUUCAUGGACCCUGAUGCUUUCAAAUGA